GGGAAAUGAACGAUCGGAGACAGAUCAAAAUCAGGAAAUACUUCGAUCCUUCCAGGAAGGAGAACCGGAGCACAGCUCAUAGGGGUCUAGGAAAGCAGAUUAGAAGGAGCAAGGAAGAUAAGAGAAGAGCGGACCUGAAGAAAGCAGCUGGAAAAGAAGGAAUUAUGCCGAUUAGGUCUAUUAGGUCGUAUUUUACAAUGGGGAAUAAGCUAGAUAAGGUACUGGAGAGUAGUGAAAAGGUCACUGAGACUAAAGAUACUGAAAAUUAUCAGAAUUUGAAAGAAAUUGAGAAACAGUCGGAAAUUGUUCCUGAGAAAUCUUUGGAAGAGAUCCCAACCCAGGUUGUGCGUUAUUCUCAGAAAGUAGAAGAAGAGAAGAUGCCUUUAGUGAAAGAAGAAGCGAAGAAGCUUGAUCCUCAAACUUUGAAUGAAAUUGAUGAUGGUUUUUGGUUUCCUUUCGAAAUUACUUCAAAUCUUCGGAGAACACAAGAAACUAUGGCGACUAUGAACCAACUUUCUGAAGGAGAACCUCUAAGGAAAUGCUUCCUUUACUCGGAUAGAGGGAUGAAUAAGGGUUGAAAGUGCUAUGUUGAAACUACCACUGAAUUCUCACAAAAAUACACUGAAAAAGCUUUCAUUGGAAAUCUCUACAGUAAUGUCGGGAUCAGCCUUGCAAAAAUAUUGGAUUUUGGAAAAUGUAUAGUCACUGCUCAAUUUGACACUAUUGAGAAGCAAGUGCACAUCAAGAUAGACUUGCAACAGCCAGUUUUAAAGAACCAAAGAAGAAACUUAACCUGAAGUUUUUCCCAGUCACAGACGUCAGAAACAGUGGGUGGGGUGUAUAACUUAGAAAACCUUGCAGGACUUCCGAAAAAGAUCAAAUGGGCUUUUUGCGAUCUUAACAAGUUUAAUAAAACUAAGAAGAAAUGUUUAAAAACAAAUAUGAAUGGAGAGAAUGCAGAGUAUCAAAUGAAAUCAGCUAAGGAAAUCCUGAUGAUUGCCCAAUCAGCAAGGGAGGAAGCCAAAGAAGCUAAAUCACUGCAAGAGUACAAUGAAAGCGGCAUAAAUCUUGUCUGCAGGACAGUGUUGGGAUACUCUCAUCUCUUCACAGAUGAAGAGAAGGAAAUCCUACAAAAUUUCUCAGAACUAGAUUAUUUAGCUCAGACAUUGUUUACUAAAAUGCUUUUUAGAAAGAGAGUUUGGUUUUCAAGUCAUAAUCUGAAGGAUUAUUGUAAGAGUCCAGCUCAAAUUAGAGGCUCCCUCAAACUAUUGAUCAAGCUAGGCUUUGUGGAAAAGCCUAAAGGACUGAUGAAAGAUCUGCACCAGCUGAGAAUUUUUUUGGAAUCACUUUCUUCUAAAGAAUUGACCGAAUUCUCUAAAAUUUUGGGAAGAAAAUUUAAUAAAUAUCCCCCAACUGUAGAGAAUACUUUUCCUGACUUCAAGGGUGCUGACAUGGAAUCUCCUAUUGUUGCAUUAUCGCCCUUUAGAAAUUUAAGUGAAAUUGGAAAGAAAUGAAUUGAUGACCUAAUUUCAGGCUAUGUAAGAAUGAGCAAAUCAAAUGUCAAAGGAGCAUCAAAGUUUAGCAAAGGGAAAUCAAUGAGUGAUAUAGUAGAAAGGAUAGAAGCAUACAAGGCAUACCAGUCAGGAAAUUCAAAAAUUCUAGCAAAAUCAUCAACUCUCCAUAGGUUUCUCAUCAGCAAACAAAAACCCCUCCAAGAGUCUGAGGAAAAUCCAGAUAAUGACUUUGACACCCUAGUUGCUGAAAAACUUGAGCCGUACUACCGAAUCCCUGAGAAGAUAGAAUGUUUACUCAAAAUAUCUCUAGAUCUGUUCUACUUCUACCAAGUAAGUGAUCCACAUCAAGCAAUGGCACUGCAUGAAUAUGGAUCAUACUCGUACAGCAUUAAAGAGAGCUAUUUGGAGGUUGCUAAAGAAGGUAAACUUGGAGAGUCUGGAUAUGAACAUGUUUAUCCUUUAUUCAAAAGCAGAGAGCAGUUUCUGGCUUUCAACCAGCUAUAUCAGGUCAGAUGAUAUAUUUCUCAUAUUAGUGACACUAAGUACACUCCUGUUGAGAGAGGAAUCUUGGCUGAAGUUAUUGCCCUCUACUCAUUAGAGAAGCAAGGCUUUGACCCUAAAGUUUUAAGGCCAGAAAAUAUCAGAAAAGAAAUUAAUGAGUACAUCAAAAAGAUCGUUUUUGAUACAGAGUUCAAGCAAGAUGAUGAGUAUUGGAGGAAGAAUGCACAUAAAUUGUUCCAAACGAGGUUCCUCCCUAAUUCCAUGCUUCCUAUGAUAGAUAAUAAGUGCUCAGAUUUCCUUGAGAAAGGCAAGAAAUACGAACUUUCAGUGCUACUUCUCCUGAAUCUGCUAUUCAGUCGAGUAAAGAAACAUAAGAGAGGAAAGUGGUGGCAUAGACUCUCAGUAAACCUGAAUCACAUCGGAAUGCCUGUUGAAGCCUUUUGCAUCUGUUACAAAGCAUUGAAAGACGAUAAGACCAUCAAUAACGGUAAAAGGAACUACCUAGUUCUCUACCAGAAAGUCCUCAAGCGGAACAUUUUCAAGAUCUUCAACGAAAGAGACAAGCGGAUCGAAAAAUUAGAAGCUAAGCUAACUCACAAACAGUUUAAACGAAGGAUCGGAAAAUGAGAAUUUGAGAAAGAAAAGCAAAAAAUAAUGGACGAAUAUUUCCUUAAGUUCAACAUUCUUUAUAAACUUGAGCUCCAGUCUUUGUUCUCAGAGGAAUAUCGAUAUGACUGGAAGGAUUACAAGAAGCAGAAAGAAGUUGAGAGGCUACUUGCUCCUAAAUGGAACUUCAUGGAAGUCACAACUGAGCAAAAAUACAGAAGAUCUUAUUUUAAAGAACGGUACCUUAAGUGCCCACGAGCAACUGGUAAUAAUGGUGAAAAUUUGGGAACAAUCUACCUGAAUCAUACAAAUGGGAAGAUUUAUAGAGUUGAAGACCUUGCUUUGUACUAUUAUUGAAACAAGGAAGGAUAUUAUGGGAUCCACUCAGAGAAUGGGUUCGGAAUUACUCUUUUCGGACUCUUUAUGUGGGAGCAAAUAUUUGACAACACCGUGCCAGGUGUUUUCCAGAGUCCGUACCAGUUUGCUCCACUUGAUUAUGGCUCAAACGAGUUUUAUUUCAACAGAGAAGAGAAGAUACUAAAAAGACUAAAGAAAAUAAAGGAGAUGACUCCAGAAGAGUUGCGUGAUGAGAUUGAAAUCCUGUGGGAAACUCAUAAAUAUAAGCAUAAUUGAGCUAUUAGCUGGGAUUCGAUCAGCUUCUCUAAAGAGAAGUUGAAAGACAUUAUCCCAUGUAUGGGUGGAGAUAUCCUAGCUAAGAUUGUGAAGAAAUACUGAUACGACUACAAAAAUUGGAAUCAUGGAAUGCCAGAUUUGCUCUUAUGGAAUCCUGAAGAAAAGAAAAUCAAAUUUUCAGAAGUCAAGAGCGAGUUUGAUAAACUCUCAGAGGUCCAAAAAGGCUGGUUAGAAUACCUCAGCCAAUGUGGUAUACAUGCUGAAGCAUGAUAUAUUAAUCGAAGAGGUAAAGAGCACUGUGCAAUUGAUGCUGUCUAA